CAACAAAAACAAUGAAAUUUAACAGAAAAAUCGACGAUUAUAAAUAAAAAAAUAAAAAUGGAAGUGUUUAGAUCAGAAACAUUUUAUAUAUUUGUCCGAAAUGAGUCAAGUCUCUGGUGGAAUCGCGUAACUGGUGCAUUUUCCGUGCGAUCAGCAUGGGAUCUAUCAGACAUAGAAGAUAUCGAGUGUUUAGGUAUAACUGAAGGUAUUAUAGGCAAAGUAGAGCAUUCAAAUAUCUAUGAACCGAGGCUUAUGAUCAUUAGAGAGAGUGUGCCAGUAGGCCAAAUAUAUUUCCACCACACAAUAUAUAAAAUCAAAUCAAUAUGUUUCCUAAAUUUGGGUACUUCAAAUCAAGAAUUAGAACUUUGCCCCUGUACGAAACAUGGCUCUUCGACCUCCAUGAGUAGUACCAGUAAAUCUGUUAAUAGGAAAAUGGGCGCAAGAUUAUUUGAAAAUUCAGCAUUUCUAAAUAAAACUGUAGGUGCAGUGAAAAACGUCAGUAAUACAAUUAAAACUACCACACAACAAGCGGCAACUCAGGUAAAACAAACAGUAAAAAAGCAACGAGAAAUAAAACUGGAUGAGCGGUUUGAGAAACGACUAACUGAUGAACUGCAUAAGAUAUUUGAUGACUCAGAUAGUUUCUACUAUUGCCGAACCCUGGACAUUACAAAUAGUUUGCAGAGACAGUAUGAAAUAGAGAAGAUACUUGAAACGGAAGAAGGUGCAAACAAACCAAUAAGUGAUUUAACAAGAUGGUGGAAAUAUGUUGACGAUAGAUUCUUCUGGAACAAAUAUAUGCUGAAAGAUAUUAUAGCGUUAGAGAGUCCCGGUUGCGAUGAGUGGGUGCUACCAAUAAUACAAGGAUACAUACAUUUGUCCCAAAUCGCCUGCGAACCACCAGAUGUGAACCCAUUGAAUACAGAGUCCCUAUCGAGUAAUAGUUCCUGUGAUGAGACGUUUACCUUGGGUCUUAUAUCUAGACGGUCUAGGUAUCAGGCUGGGACAAGAUACAACCGCAGAGGCAUAGAACCAACUGGUCGUGUCGCGAACUACGUGGAAACGGAACAAAUUGUAUCUAUUGUUUGCUCCGACAGCAUUCAUCGGGCUUCCUUUGUACAGGUGCGUGGAUCAGUGCCCAUAUUCUGGAGUCAACCGGAAUACAAAUUCAGACCGCCUCCACGGUUAGAUCGAACCGAAGAAGAAUCCCACACAGCGUUCAAAAAACACUUCGAAGAGGAGCUAAAAAUAUAUAAACAAGUGUGUAUAGUCAAUUUGGUGGAACAGCAAGGGAGGGAGAGGAUCAUAUGGGAGGCGUAUGGGAACCACGUGCUCAAGUACAACAGCCCGGACAUUAUAUACGCCACUUUUGACUUUCACGAGUAUUGUCGUGGCAUGCACUACGAGAACGUCAGUAUACUAAUAAACGCUAUAGCUGACGUCAUAGACGAAAUGCGUUUCUGUUGGCGGGAUGAUCGUGGGCUCAUUUGUGGACAGAAUGGCGUCUUUCGCGUGAACUGUAUCGAUUGCUUGGAUAGGACUAAUGUUGUUCAGACGGCAAUAGCGAAACUAGUACUAGAAUUGCAACUUCGUCGACUAGGCCUGGGUGGUGGGGGGCUCCCCCCUCCAUUGAGACAGGCGUUUUUGGCCAUGUGGGCGGAUAGUGGCGAUGUGAUAUCUAGGCAAUAUGCGGGUACUAAGGCGCUAAAGGGUGAUUACACACGAACCGGUGAAAGAAAACUAACAGGGAUGAUGAAAGAUGGCGUCGCUUCAGCGAAUAGAUUCAUCAUCCGCCAUUUUAACGACGCCAUGACACAAUGCGCGAUAGACAUUGCGCUCGGUCAACAAAUCAAUAUGGCCGCCAUAGAGGAAUUUGACAGCUUUUGGCGGGAUUUAAAAACUGCGUCGUUAAUGGUCGUCGAAAAUGUGGAUAGUGGUGCGAAAUUAGAAAUGAUGCCAAGUUAUUUUGGACACGGUUUGGCGAAUGAGUUUUUGGGCGCGGAAAUCGCAUUUGGAGUGGGGAGAUACUACUUAUCAACGUUCAAAGACGCGCUACGUCAAGUGGCCAUAGAUGUGAUGACUGGGGAAUCCCGUACCAUCCCGGAACAACUGAUGGUGCCGGACUGUGCGAAAUGCACCACCGUGAAGGUGCUCGUGUUCAAUCAAGAACAGCCCGCGCCGAGUACAGAAGCGAUGGCUCAACACGUCAAGUCUUUAAUCGACGACUGCAAGAAGUUGCUAGUCGACACUGAACCUAUUUUGGGAUCGUGGGGACUUAUUGAUGCUGAUCCACAUACUGGCGAUCCGCACGAAACGGAAAUGGACAGUGUUCUAGUACUAACAAGUGAGGCGUAUUACGUGACCGACUACGACGAAACGUCCGACCGCUUGUUGUCAGUACUGCGCGUGCCACUCGCUGACAUAACCGGAGUGGAAUUGGGCACGCUCGAUACUAACUCUACUAUAUUCAGCGUAGGCCGUAAAAGUACAUCCGAGCCUGUAUAUUGUAUUCGUGUGAAUUACCUAUACAAUGGGGAACCCGGGUACUUCCACAUGUUUAGAUCGACCACGCUGAGGUUCUUCAACAAUAUGGCCGUUGUUAUUAAUACUAAGGAUGAGAUGAUCGAAUCUUUACAUUCCAUAUGCGAGUCGAUAAUGGUGGCUCGGGAUAUAGCAAAACUCCCGCCGGUACCGUUCCAUGAUGGUAUUAAAUUGGAGAGACGAAAAUCCAAGGUACAUCCAAUACACGCUUCAGCUGGCGGUGCAAGAUCGUCAUUAUAUUUAGAUCUUUCUAGACUCCCCACAUUGACUAGGAACGUCAGUGAGACGCAAUUAGUCGCGGAUAUACGGAGCGUUGGAUCCAAAGCUCUAACUAAUAUGUCGGAACAAUUCAGCAAACUAAACAAACUGAGUCACUCGCUCAACGCCCGCGCUCGACCGAGCCUCCAACUUAAGUUCGACCAAAACGCCGCUCGAACCAAAAAGAUAUUUACACUCGGCCAAAACAAACAAGAAAAUAAGAAAAAAGGAAGCCUAUCAGAUGGCAUGAGUUCAGACUACUCUAGCGACGAUGAAAACAGAACGAAUAUCUUUGAGCCUACUUUGGACAAUUACGAAAACAUGCAACACUAUAUCGGCGAUCAACAGAAGAAAGACGAAACGGACUGCGAAUUGAUAGAAAAUCCACUGUAUUCUUCCAAAAUAGAACCCCAUGACGAAGCUCCAACCGUUUCCACACCAAGCAAACAGACAUUAAAAACGCCCCUUAGUACGAAGAAAAAUCCAUUCGACAACGAGAAUAUAACACCAGAAAUUCAAAUAGAAUCAGACUAUAAGCCAACACCUCCAAACUCGCUGAUAUUGAACCAGAAAUUAUCGCAGAGUUCGAGUCAUAUUAACUUCGAUGAGACGCAAAAGAGUCCGGAGGGGGUUAAUUAUCAUGUUCGUUCGAAUUCUCAGCACGAAAUUACGCUGAAUAUAGCGACUUCGCACAGUGAGUCUGCGAUACGGCAGUUGAAAAAUAUCGCCAGUCCAGUUUCUAGUGCUACUAGGGAUAUGGUACUUUCGCCUUUCUCUAAGUUGGCUAAAGGUGUCCAGAGUCUUGGAGCUAAUUUGGAUCCGAGGAAAAUUAAGGGGUCAGCAGGCGUGAAACAUAUAAGCGAUCAACAAUACGAAGAACACAGAAAACUACAAGAGAAGUGGCAAGGUUGCAACACUAGGCUCGUUGCGCUGUAGACCAUAGUGUUAGCAUAAACUAUGGUAUAGACUGUAGAGGUACUGUCAUAGAGAAAUAUUCCAUGAUGUAUAAGUUUAUGUAUUCUUGAUUUUUUUUUGUUUUUAUUGUGUAUUCUAGUAGGUAAAGAGUUAGAAAAUAUCGAAGUUAGUAAACUUAAAUAUUUUCUUUCAGGUGUAUAUGUUCGAUUUAUAACAUCGAUUUUAUGUUACAAGCUCAGUGACAAAACUAGUAAUUAAUUUAUUAUUUAUAGCCAAUAUAUUGCAGGAAAUAUAAAUUGUAAAAUGCUAGACAGAAAUGUUCCAGAAAAUAGUAUUUUUUUUUAACUUACCAAUAGUACACCAAUACCGGAGCCAGUGCUAUUGCUUAUUAUAAUUUUAUCACUUACAAUAUUAUUAAUUAUUAAUUUACAAAAAAAAUGAUACAAAUAGAACCAGCCAUAUUGAGUUUUUAAAGUUACCCAAAGAGCUUUACAAAAAAAAAUACAAAUUUCAUAUGAAUGUAAUAUUUCUCUAUAACAAUUUAGGGCGGCCUUACACGGGCAGAUCGAGCAGUUACGGCUGAGCGACGUACACGGACUGCUCGAACGGUCGUUGACUGCUCGAGCUGUCGCUACAAACCGCGCAAUUGACGGUUUGAAGCGGUCGCGACUGCUCGGGCAGUCAUGUGUACGGCAGUGAAUGAAUGUCUAUAGUUCACCGCGCAGUCGCGGCUUCAAGCAGUCGGCCUCAACUGCUUGAAGCAGUCCGUAUAUGGCCGCUCUUAUAGGUGUAAAAAUGCUUAGUUCAAUUAUUAUAACUGUAGAUUCAGUUAUCAAUAGAUAUAUUAUGCAGGAUUUAAUAAGGUAAAUGCUUCAAUACUUGAUGUUUAAAAUAGUUUUUGAGGCUCAUUCUAAAUAAAAUAUGGGGUUGGUUAACUACGAAAUAAUCUAGUGAAUUAUCUGUCUAAUUUUUUGUACAAAAAAUGUAAUAUUCUAUUAAUUUUAUUUAAAAGACAUCAAAUUAAAUAGGUAAUGAUAUCGGAAAUACUCGAAAUAUAAAAUAAAUAAAGCUUCUCUAAAACAUAAUUUCAUAGCAAAAGUCAAUUGUUUAUUGCUUUACGUGUAUGUCCCGCCUAAUAUCCAAACUUAGUUGAAUGUAGACAAAGCUUUGCUAUUAAGCUAACUUGCAGGGUCCGUAGAGACGAGCUUUAGGGUCUAAAAUAAUAAAAACAAUGCUUAGAAAAAGCUCAAUUUAGAUGUCAUCUAGACGAUGGGAAAUCCAUCCAAUAAAAGAUAAAAAAAGAACUAAAAAUACUUCUUCCAUGUAUGGUAUACUUAAUUAUAAAUUAUAAUAAGAAUUGAACAAUAAGGUAAUCGAUUGGAAUGUGAAAAAAUAUACAUUGAUGUUAGUAUAAAAUGACCUAAAGAUUAAAAAUAUUAGUUGUCAUUAUGUAUGCCCGUUCUAUCUCUUUCUAACGCAGAGAAAUAUCGUUUUGUAAAGUGAGAUAGACUGCUUAUUGUCGUAUUGUGACAGCUCGAGUAAUUUAAUGUUCCUUUCACUAAAUUCAAAUUAUUUAUUAGAAUUCAGUUUACGACCAUAGACAAUUUUUUUAAUAGAAUAUGUCUAAAGUUUAGACCCUAAAGGUAAUUUAAUUUAAGACCUAAAUAAAAUUUAGUUUUAGUUCUAACUCACGUAAUACUUAAAUUUCGAGUACUAUCAUACUUAGUAGAGUUCGAAAGUCGGCCAAACUACUUUUAAAAACAUUCCUGUGUUCUUGUUUGAGUGUAUUUCCCAUUGAAUUUGUAAAAUUUGUGUUAAAUGAUAAUAAUUAAAUAUAUUUUACUUCUAUUAAGUAGCCCAGAGAAAUUAAAAAAAUUGUUUACCAACAAAUUGGUAAUUAUUAAAUUAUAAAAACAAAAAUAAAUAACAUAGCAAAGUGUCACAAACGAAUGUAUAUUUUACUAUAUUUUAGAUUGUUGAUGAUUCAUUUAAAGCUUCAGAUCAUAGAUAAUGAAUGUUAUGCCUAGAACAGUUUAAAAAGAUUUUUUCACAAGUUUUUGAAAAUUACUUCCUAAAAGUGAGUCGAUCUUAGGAAUGUUUAUACUCAUUAUAGCGUUGAAGGCUUUUUAUAUCAACUUUAAUAAUAUUAUACUACCUAUACAAAAAUCAAAUGACAGUUAUUAAAAUAACGACUAGUAGCAGUGUAAAAACUAAAAUUACAAAAAAAAGUUUUUACUUUUUUUUAUCUUACUUUGCUUUAAAGUGCAUCAAAUAGAUUUAGAUUUAUAUUUGACCACUUAUAUUUGAAUAUACACUAAAUACUUAUAUACAUUUAUGUAGGUAUAUUAUUUUAUUAAUUUAAAAUGCAGCACUUCAUUUUAGCAGUAUUAUUUAGUAUCAUAGACUAUAGAGAUAUUAUGUACUAUUGAAUACAAGUUAAAUUUUGAAAAUAACUAAAACUAUACAAUAUUCUUCGAAGAUUUACUAAACUUAAACAUUUUUAAAGCAAAAUAGUUUAAUUCAUAGCACUGCUUAAAAUACACUCCCACUCUAUUCAGUAUUACUCUAUGUAAUAAAAAAAAUAGAACACGUAAAUAUGUAUAUAGAGUAGACUUUGAAAUGUCAAUUUAUUUAUGAAAAAUAUAUUAAUAUUUUUUCCACGUGUCCUAUCUGAAUUCUAUAGCCAUAUGCCAACGAAAUAUAUAAUAUAAACCCUAUUAAAGUAUACACUGUUUCGAAUACCUUUAUAACUUUGUAACUAAAACUAUUUCUACAGUAUUUACAAUUUGCUUAACAAUGUUUAUAAAUAUUCGACAUUUAAAUACGAAAUAAUUUUAGGCCAAGAUGCUUUUGCUCCUGAUUAAAAAAAAAAACUUUAUACAGAUUAUAAAUUCCUUUUUCAAACUUUAGAGCACGAUUUAUAAAAUAUUAUAAGUGAAAAAGUAUUAGUAAAUUCUAUGUAUUAGUUUGUCAAUUGUUUCAGAUAUGUUAUUCAUAAUAUUGUACCACUUGUAAACUAAAGUUUCUUAAUAUUAAAAGUUCAAAUUAUAAUAGCUUUUGUUCAAAAAUGCAGUGAGAUAUAGUAUAAGAGAGUAACCUAGUACAUAUAAAUUUAUUUAAAUCUAUUGUAAAUAGAUAAAUGCAAGCUUUACAUAAUUAUGUUGUUCUUUCAAUUAAGGCCUAUUCCGAUUAGAGCACUAUUCGCUACCGCCCGUAGGUAUAAGAACGCGAUUAAAUAUCUUACGUAGUG